GCUCGGGGAUGGUGGUGGUCGCCUCCCCGCUUCUUUCCGGCGGCGUCGCCCCCUCCUCCUCCUCCUCCUCCUCCUCCUCUUCCAUGUAUUAUUCAACUUGAGACCACAGAGCCCGGUGACGUCAGAGAAGUCGCCGAGCCGCCGCCGCCGCCGCUGCUGAGCCGAGAGUCGGAGGAGGAGGAGAGGGAGCGAGCCGCUGGAUGUGGAGCUCGGACUGUGGAGCUUUUUUUUUUCCUUCUUCCUCUUCGGGACCGCUCGGACUUCUUCUCCCCCUCAGAGUAAGUAAAAAGAUGCAGCACCAAUGAACACCCAUCAGCCUUUAGAUGUGUGAGGCACAACAAAGAAACCUGAACAUCAAGAGUCCACAGUAACAGUGGAGUAUUGGCAGUAACCCAAGAGGGACCUCAUAGACGCACAUUUUUCCACUAUGAACCGCGCCUUCAACAGGAAAAAAGAUAAAUCAUGGAUGCACACCCCGGACGCACUGGCCAAGCAUUACAUACCCUACAAUGUCAAGUUCCUUGGAAACACAGAGGUUGAAGCCCCAAAAGGCACAGAAGUUGUAAAGGAUGCGGUCAGAAAGCUUAAGUUUCAGAGGCACAUCAAGAAGUCAGAGGGACAGAAGACUCCCAAAGUCGAAUUGCAGAUUUCCAUUUAUGGCGUGAAAAUACUAGAUCCCAAGACAAAAGAUGUGCAGCAUAACUGUCAGUUACACAGGAUAUCCUUCUGUGCAGACGACAAAACUGAUAAAAGAAUAUUUACUUUUAUCUGCAAAGACUCUGAGUCCAACAAACACCUCUGCUACGUGUUUGACAGUGAAAAGUGUGCAGAAGAGAUAACUCUAACCAUCGGUCAGGCCUUUGACUUGGCCUACAAGAAGUUCCUGGAGUCUGGAGGCAAAGAUGUGGAAACCAGGAAACAGAUUGGGACCCUUCAAAAAAGAAUUCAAGAACUGGAAACGGAAAACUCUGAGCUAAAGAAACAGCUUCAAGAUCUUGAGGAGCAGCUGAUGAUCACUCAUGCUCCACCGCCGCUGCACAUUAACGCCUCCAAUGAAGCGUACAUGCUGCAGAGGCCCUCGUCUCUCUUCUGGUGUCACAGCAUCAAGUCGCUGUCCUGUCUGGAAAUCUCCUCUGUCACACUCACUCCUAUGAGCUCGCCAGAGUCCAACUUGUCCAGCGGGCUACUAACUCCUCCGCCUGCCAAACCUGCUCCUCUUCCUCCUAAGCCUGCUGAAGGAUACAGCAUCCCGCGGCCUCGCGCAGGCAGUAUCUCCAUGAAACCCCAGUCCACAGACGUUUUCGACAUGGUUCCCUUCUCCCCUGUGACACCGCUGGUGCCCACAGUGGCCAGUAACGGCUGUCCGCCACCACCGCCGACCACAUUGCCACCAGAUAUAAGGAAGGACUUGUUUGGUUCAGAGCCUUUCGAUCCGUUCACCUGCGGGUCGGCCGACUUCCCUCCAGACAUUCAGUCGAAGCUGGAUGAGAUGCAGGAGGGGUUCAAAAUGGGACUAACCUUAGAGGGCACCGUCUUCUCCCUGGACCCGCUCGACAGCCGCUGCUGAUGCCAAGAAGACGCUCCUCGCCACGUACUUUUAACUCGUUUGUAUGAAGAAGUGCCAAAAUCCACUCCACAGCUGAGUCAAGAUGUCACACUUUUCAUCUUGAGGUUUAUAUGCAUUUGCAUUUAGAUUGGUUUUUUCGAUAUAUCAAGGUGAACUUAGAUCCAUUAUAGAAAAGAACUAUUUUUGUAUAAAGAAUAAAAUGGAAGGAGUCGUUUUGAGUACCUUUGAUUGCACAGGCAAUGAGAGAUGUAAAUAGUGGGAUAUGUUGAAUGGUACGCUCCGUGGCAGGAUUUUCAUAUGAGACCAUUUUGUGUGUAUGCACCAUUUGAAUUGUGUAUUGUUGACACAUUCCUGUUUGUACGCCGAACACAAGCUGGCAAGAAUUAAAUAAAUGGAACCUGUAUCUUUAACACCUUCAUCUUGCCCAUAACAUCACAUACUGUAGCUUAUUUUACUCAACAUGAAGUCACACAUUAUGUAGCUCAUUAAUCCAGUUGAGAUAUGUACAUGUAUGUUGCUUACUUACAAUUCCACCUUUUGAUUUGAGGAUAUUUUUGUUGUUGCUGUUUUUUUUGUUUGUUUUUUAAAAGUAUGAGUUGGCAGUUCCAUAUUUACGCAUCAUCAUUUUGACCCUCCUCUCUUCUUGAACCAGAAGGCACUUUUCUGGACAGACUGUCCAUUCACGCAGUACUAGUCCCAUUAUUUUACUUUUGGUUGCAUUGACUUUGCUGUUAAACUCAUUAAAGAAAAUCUUACUGAAAAGAAA